GUUCUUAUAUGCAUUUUGAUUUAAAUUAUAUUGUAAAAUACACAAUAAAAGAAAGUGUUGUGAUGAUUUGCUAACAUUUGGAAGUUUCUUAAAAUACGUAUAGAAUAUUUUCGCUUAUAAUAUAAAAAUGGCCCAUACCGUUUCCUUGAUUAAAAGAGGAUUUGCCACAAGUUCUGUUAGAAAUGUGAUAAAUAAUGUGACAAUAAUUGGAGGUGGUCUUAUGGGAUCUGGAAUUGCUCAAGUUGCUGCCCAAACUGGACAUAAUGUAACAUUAGUCGAAGUGAAUGCUGAUGUACUUGCAAAGGCUCAAACAAGUAUCAAAAAUAACUUAUCUCGUGUAGCUAAAAAAUUGUACAAAGAUGAUAAAGAGGCCAGUGAAAAAUUCAUUUCUGAAUCUCUAGAGAAAUUAAAGGGCUCCACUGAUGUGAAAGCUGCUGUUAGCAAUGCUGAUUUAGUAGUUGAGGCCAUUGUUGAAAACAUAGAAAUUAAACAUAAGCUAUUUGCUGAGGUGGACAAGGCUGCCCCUUCACAUACGAUUUUAGCAAGCAAUACUUCAUCUUUGUCAAUUACGGAGAUAGCAUCUAUUACAGGAAGAAAGGAUAAGUUUGGUGGAUUGCAUUUUUUUAAUCCCGUUCCUGUUAUGAAAUUAUUAGAAGUUGUGCGCACAAAUGAAACAUCUGAUGAAACUUAUACCAAGAUGAUGGAUUGGGGUAAAGCUAUGGGCAAAACUUGCAUUACAUGUAAAGAUACACCAGGAUUUGUUGUCAAUCGUUUAUUAGUGCCUUACAUGAGCGAAGCUGUAAAAAUGUUUGAAAGAGGUGAUGCAUCUGCAAAAGAUAUUGAUAUAGCUAUGAAGCUUGGAGCUGGCUAUCCUAUGGGUCCCUUAGAAUUAGCUGAUUAUGUGGGUUUGGACACUACAUAUUUCAUAAUUGAUGGUUGGCAUAAGAAGUAUCCUGACAACACCUUGUUCAAUCCUCCUUCGGUGCUUUCUAAAAUGGUUAAAGAAGGAAAAUUAGGGGUUAAAUCUGGGGAAGGUUUUUAUAACUAUAAAAAGUGA